GUGCAGUAAAUAUAUAAUGGAAGAUGCAAAUGGAGAAGGUAAACACACAAAUAGAUUAGACAAAAAGGAUCUUUUCAUUAACCUCUGCAAAGGUAAUGCUACUAUCGUCAUAGACUGCGAAUUUGAGCAGUAUGCGUCGGAAAAGGAGGCAAAAAGCCUCGCAAAUCAGAUAAUGCAGUCUUAUGGAGCCAAUAAGAGAGCUGAUAAACCAUUCAACCUGAUAAUUUGCGGUAUAGAAGAGGGUGGACACCUGGAUGAUGCCUUAGGCAGAAUCUCUGGAACCGAAAAUUGGCUAUGCCAGCUGACAUACGAAUCCAUAGAAUCCCUUUUGGAUAAAGAAGGGCCCUGUGAAGAAGGAAAAGAAUCAAUUUGCGGACGUGAACUAACCUAUUUGUCUGCGGAUGCAACGGAUGUGUUAGAGAGUGUUGAUUCCAACAAUGUGUAUGUGAUUGGUGGCAUUGUGGAUAGAAACAGGCUAAAUGGAAUAACUUACAACAAGGCAAAGCAUCUCGGUUAUUCUUGCAAACGUCUUCCCAUUAAAGAGCACAUUAAAUUAAACAGCUCACAUGUAUUAUCGGUAACGGCUUGUAUUAAUAUUUUACUACAUUUUUACAAAAAUAACGACUGGAAAUUGGCUCUACAAGAGUCUAUCCCAAAACGUAAAUUAUUGGAUUCAUGACA